AGUUUAACAGACUACUGGAAAGCGACCAGAUGGAAUUCAGCACUGGCUUCUUAACAGAUUCCGCACAUUUUAAAUUGUAUCGCACACAUUUUUUAGCGGACUUUCCUGGCAUUUGACAAGCCCUGGCGUGACUACAAGGGUCUGUGAAGCGGGGACAGAAGAAGACAUUUAAAGACCCAACAUCUUCCCACUGUAGGUCCCAAGGCGAGUGUGUGUCCAUCAUGCCGCUGUUUGGUAGAUCCCAGAAGAGUCCGGCGGAAAUCGUCAAGACCCUGAAGGAAAACAUGACCAUCCUGGUCAAACAGGAUAAGAAGACAGACAAGGCGUCUGAGGAAGUGUCGAAGUGUCUGGUGUCCAUGAAGGAGAUCCUGUACGGCAGCAACGAUAAGGAGCCUCACACGGAGACGGUGGCCCAGCUGGCCCAGGAGCUGUACAACAGCGGGCUGCUGCUGUCGCUGGUGAAGAACCUGCAGGUCAUCGACUUCGAGGGCAAGAAGGAUGUGUGUCAGAUCUUCAACAACAUCCUGAGGAGGCAGAUCGGGACGAGGAGUCCCACCGUGGAAUAUUUCUGUUCCCACCCAGAGGUGCUCUUCAUCCUGCUGAAUGGUUACGAGACGCCCCAGUCAGCGUUGAAUUGCGGGAUCAUGCUGAGGGAGUGCAUUCGCCACGAGCCGCUCGCCAAGAUCAUCCUGCACUCCAGUGAUUUCUACAAAUUCUUCCUUUACGUGGAGAUGUCCACCUUCGACAUCGCCUCCGACGCCUUCGCCACCUUCAAGGAUCUCCUGACAAGACACAAAGUGCUUGUGGCUGAAUACCUGGAGCAGAACUACGAAGCUGUGUUUACAGACUACGAGAAGCUGCUGCACUCUGAGAACUACGUCACCAAGCGGCAGUCUCUAAAGCUGCUGGGCGAGCUGCUGCUGGACAGACACAACUUCACGGUGAUGACGCGCUACAUCAGCAAGCCGGAGAACCUGAAGCUGAUGAUGAACCUGCUGCGAGACAAGAGCCCCAACAUCCAGUUUGAAGCCUUCCACGUCUUCAAGGUUUUCGUAGCGAACCCCAACAAGACGCAGCCCAUCAUCGACAUCCUGCUCAAGAACCAGACCAAACUAAUCGACUUCCUGAGCAACUUCCAGAAGGAUCGCACGGACGACGAGCAGUUCAACGACGAGAAGACCUACCUAAUCAAACAGAUCCGGGAUCUGAAGAAGCCGGCCUCCUAGAGAAGCCCCUCAACCCCAACUUUUUACCGAUAGGAUAAAAAAAAAAAAACACACACAUUAACAAUAACGGUUACUCUAUUUCAAAGAAAAUCUUUUCUUUGUUGGUUCAUUUGAAACACUAGUUCUCUAUCACUGAUCUUUGCUUUUGUAAAUGUUUCUCAUGAGGUCUUUGUUUGUUUUCCAUCUGUAGCAUGUCGUGCCACAACUCAUGGUGUUGAAGGCAUUCGCUCUGCUGGGAGAACCAGCGCUUACAAAUCCUUUUUGUAAUGCGAACAGUCACCAGAUGCAGUCUCUACACAUGGAUUGAUUUCUAACUGUUUAAGGGAAGUAGCUGCAAAUCAAAAACAACUAGAAUAAUGAAGAAUUUCUGCUUUUUUUUUGUUUUUUCAGCAAAAAAACAUAUUCUCAGUCAUCGCUCAAAGCUUCGUUAGCCAAAAAGCAACAUUUAGCUGCUAGACGUCCUUAUUGUAAAGUCCACUGAGACAAAUAUUACAUUUGUGAUAUUAGGCUGUAUAAAUAAUAAUAAUAAUAAUAAUUUCAAUUUAUAUAGCGCCUUUCACGAAACCCAAGGACGCUUUACAAUGGGAAGUAACACAACAAAAAGUAAUAAUAAUCAUACAGAUACAUAGGCUGAAGAAAACAAAACAGGAACAGGUUGCUGAGUACUGUAUAUUAGUUGAGGCCAAAGGCCUGAGUGAACAGAUGGUGUUUGAGGUGUUUUUUGAAGGUGUCCAGAGUGUCUGCAUUCCUGAUUGCAGAGGGGAGAGGAUUCCAGAGGGUGGGGGCUGCGACACUGAAGGCUCUGUUGCCAAAUGUUUUCAGCUUGGAGCGCUGGAUGGAGAGCAGCCCUUUGUCAGAGGACCGCAGGUGACGAGAGGGGGUGUAGGGCUGAAGGAGGUCAGAGAUGUAAAUAAACAUUGAUUGAUAGUUAAUUAAACAUGGGACAGGAUUAAGUAGACCUUUGAGAUUAAGAGUGUACUACAAGAUAAAUACAUUGGACUAUGAUCUAAGGGAUGCUUUUUAAUCAUCUGUAAUCGGAUAACCAAUCACAACAGAGAAACAACCUGGAAAUCAGCAUAAUAGGGCCUCUUUGAAGCUCUCGAAUAUUUGGCAAUAUCGAGACUGAGAAUAGACGUUUUGAGAGAACUGGUUUCAGUGACUGUUGACCGAAAAGUGUAGGAGUAUUUCAUUUGAGGGCCUUCUUAGUGGAACAUGCUAUGGGCACAGCUUCCUUUUGAUCACUGGUUCUCUUCGCUGGUGGCUGUAUGAUACAUAAUAUGUUAAUCUUAAGCGGAUCACUGCUUGAGGGUUAAUUUUUUUAUAUAUAGUUUCAUUUCUUGUCAUGUACAGUGUAUGGUUUGUACACCUGAAGUGAGUGCCAUUGUGAGUGGGAACGUUGUUUUGAUUUGGAUCUGACGUUGGUGUUAGAAACCAGCGAGAGGAUCCAGAGGUGCCUUUUUGGUUUGGUGUGUUUUGUAUUUCCAGUAUCUUUCUAGGGGAGCUUAAUUGUUAUGUUAAUGAGAAUAUGCUCUGGACAGAACAUAUCUGUUGUGAUUAAGCAGUGAACUUCUCAACUCACUAUACUUGAGUUACGCUGUCAUAGAAACGUUUUGAACUUUUUCAAGCUGAUGCCAUCGUGUACAGACCAGGGGCUUUACGGUUUCCGUUGAUUUAACGUUCAAAUUACAAACUGUGUUGGUGAAGAAAUCAGCGGGAACGUUAUCGCAGAGUGAGGCCAAAGUUUGAACUGAGAAAUGUAACUGUGAAAAAUCCACAUGUAGUAAAAAAAAAAAAAAUGCGGUUGUUUAUAUAUUUGAAUAAUAAUGAAAAUUGACAUUGGCACUUCAAUUAUAGGAAAUGUUUGAAUUUAUUCUCCAAUUGAUAUUUGAUCUGCAUCCACAGGAGUCUCUUUAAUCAGGACACGGACUAAUUGAACCAUUAAAAUAUGUCAUUGAGUCCGAAUGGAUGACAGUAACAGUCUUGAAUCUGGAAAAAUAAUUCAGCCUUUUUUGUCGUCUGGGUUUAAAACAAAAAACAAUCCCAGCCCUUUGUUAGUGCUUCAAGCUGUGACAUAUCGUACUAACAUGCAAAAGUAGACCAACCAGUUUAACUUGAGCCAAACUCACCCACGUUUUUAUUUCGCCAACAAAAGAACAAUUAGCAACUCCACAUUAUCCUCUCUCUCUCUCUCAAGGCCGCCUCCUUAUUUUCCACAUUGAUGCUAUUGUACCACAUUCACAACAAAUAAAAGGAUGGGAAUGCA